AUGGGCAUGCACCUCCUUUUCCAGAGGGUGAAAAAGCAGUCUCUUCUGCCUGUCAAUCACAGGAAAGGUCCUUCUUUUCCACUCACCACCUCCAGCAAGAAGAAUGGUGCUAAGGUUCCAGGUCUCCAGGGCCGUGUGGACUUCAGUAAGUAUCUUAAUCUCCGCAAGCGCCUCCAGUUCCCUCCUGUGGGCACCCGUGGAGGGUUUCUGAGCCUGGAUCCAACCACCCCAGCCUGGGAGACAGAACCCACACCAAUGGGCGGAAGUAACCAGACCUGUUCUCAAGUUUUCGACAUAUCCCUGACCUUGCUGACGGGCAUCAUGGCCCUGGGAGGCCUGGCAGGAAACGCGGUUGUGAUGUGGCUCCUGGGCUUCCGCCUGCGCCGGAACUCCUUCUCCGUGUACAUCCUCAACCUGGCGGCAGCCGACUUCCUCUUCCUCCUCCUCCACAUUCUGUCUUCCCUGGAGAACCUCAUCAUCUCCUUCCACUCCAGCGCAUUCUCCUUCCCCAGAUUUUUCAUCACCGUGCUCACCUUUGCCUACCUCGCGGGCCUGAGCUUGCUCAGCGCCAUCAGCACCGAGCGCUGCCUGUCGGUCCUGUGCCCCAUCUGGUACCGCUGCCGCCGCCCCAGACACCUGUCAGCUGUCAUGUGUGCCCUCCUCUGGGCUCUGUCCCUGCUGCUGAGCAUCCUGGAAGCAAAGGAUUGUGGCUUCCUGUCCAUGGACUUUAACCUCAUUUGGUGUCGUUUGUUUGAUUUCAUCACUGCUGGGUGGCUGACUUUCCUAUUUGUGCUCCUGGCUGGGUCCAGCCUGACUCUGCUGGGCAGGAUCCUCUCUAAGUCCCAGCGGCUGCAGCUGACCAGGCUGUAUGUGACUGUGGCGCUCACGGUGCUGGUCUUCCUCAUCUGCGGCCUCCCCUUCGGCGUCUACUGGUUCAUCAUAAUCUGGAUUCAUAGUGAUUUGUUCAUGUACUCCUGUCACUUCCUGGUGGCCAGUACCCUGUCCUGUGUCAACAGCUGCACCAACCCCAUCAUUUACUUCUUGGUUGGCUCCUUUAGGCGGCGGCAGAGGCCAAAGAGGCGAAGACGGCAGACCCUCAGGGUGGUUCUGCAGAAGGCUUUGGAGGACGUAUGGGAUGUGGAUGAAAGUGAAGGCACCCUUCCUCAGGAGACCCUGGAGGUGUCAGGAAGCAGUCUGGUGCCCUGA